AUGGCCGACAGGUAUCUCAGCAUCCUCCAGUUCCUCAUCCCCCAUUUUGACCUGCCCACGGUAACUUGGUUCUUCUACUUUGCCUCGCACUCUUUACCAAUGUCCAAAAGGAAGACCAAGAACAAGCCGCGGCCACCCCCAAAUCCGAAUCUACCCAAACGCACGCCAUCUCCUGAUCCUCAAGCCUUCACUAACUCUCCUCCGCCUAGUACUACCGCCAUGACCGACUCUCUGCCAAAGGGAGGCCGUAAGGGCAACCGACCCGAUGAGGAGCACAGCAUCUUCGGAAACAAGGGUGGCGGUAUUGCCACCCAGCCUUCCUCUGGCCUUACGAUCCCUGGCGAGACCCUGGGUGACACGGAGGGCAAGGAGAGUCUGAAGAUCAAGAUCCACCUCAAUCUGCACGCCAAGGUCCGACUUGACCUCGACGCUCAGCUCUAUGGUGACAUCGUUAUCGGUCUGCUGUAA